AUGCCAGACUCAAAGGAUAACCUACGGAUGCUGAAUUAUGAUUACGACGAUAAGAAGCAUCUUCUGUACUGGCCAGAGUCAGCUCGGUUAAAAUCAACAAAACCAGAGACCCGCGGAUCCAUGCAUUAUACAAUGCCUGGUAUCAAAGAAGAGUUUGUUCGUAGCCCGAUUGAUCAUCGAUUUCAAGAUUCAUUCAAUAAAUUCUUUACUUCAUAUGAUCUUGAUCUCAACCAACGUGGUCUGGUUUGGUUUAUCAAGAAAGGAAUAUUGGAAGGAGCUUUGAAUGGUACAUCUGACAUGCUGACAUGGCUUGGACAAGGAAAGGAUAAAUCUGGUAGACCUUCAGAAGUGACGCAGAUUACUAUGGAGUUAUGGACUCUUCGCUUUCAACUUUUGUUGAAUUUGCGCAUGCAUGCACAACUUUUGGCCGAAUUAGCCGCAUUUGAGGAAUUAGACGCGCCCGAUCUGUUCUAUCAGUACAAGACAAGCAACAAGACAGGUAGUUUGGUUCCGUUUGCAAUGCGAAUCAUCCACGCGGAGGCUCUCCGAUUUUCACCGUUUCCGUGGAGUAGCCUGAUAAGAAUUGAAGCACUUCGACUGCAAGUUGAACAGAUUGUCAACAUUUUCCGGAUGCAAAGUGCACCAACAAGUCAUGUUGAAGACUGGGAGAAACGAUUGGAAUGUGCCAAAUUAUUGUAUGUACGAGUACUUCAUGAACUUGGGGAAUAUAAAAUCUCUAUCAAAAUGCUAGACAAAGUGCGUCAAGAAACUAAAAACCAAGAAGAGAAGAUUAUCCUGACUAGAGCUUUGAUGAGGAUGGCAAUGCAAGCUGGAGAUGAGAAGGCAAUGAACUAUUUUGCUGAAAAGGCGAAUAAUAUAUCUUCUGGGACCAAUGAAAUGAUCGUCCAUAAAGCAAUGAGAAGUAUAUUCCUCGGAUCCAACAAUCAUGCUUAUGAGUACAUCUCGAGGGUUCCAAUAACUGAUGAUUCUGCGGUCACGCCUCAAUUUUUAAACACGAAAGCAAUGAUUCAACUGUACAGUGGAAAAGCCGUAGAUGCUGUCAGAACUGUUUGCCUGGUCAAACCGAUUAUCCCUGGUCCAACUACUACAAAUUUGAAGACAAUUGCCGAGUUGUGCUAUUCGACUGCAACAAAAGAUGAGCUCAUGAUAUGA